AUGACCGUCGCAGCCAACCAGGUCGUGCUCCAAGGCGAUCCUCGCUCCUCCAACCUGCUCCCGGACUCUUUCCCCACCUUUGUCAAGGCCCUGAUGAACGAGUGGCACGUUCCCGGGCUCUCGCUGGGCGUGAUCAAGGUGCCCGAGGACGGAGGAGAUGUCGUGACCGAGUUCCAUGGCUUUGGCGAGGCAGGACACGGCAGGAAGGUUGACAAGGACACGCUCUACGGCAUUGCCUCGAAUUCGAAGCUCUUCACCGCCGCCGCAGUCGGAAAGCUCGUCGACGACGGGCACUUCAGCUGGACGGACAAGGUCACCAAGCUGCUACCCGACUUCAAGCUGAGCGACGCACACGAGCAUAGCUACCAAGUAGGGCAAACGACCAAAGAGCUCGUUGAGUGGUUGCGGCACUUGCGACCGUCUGCCGAAUUCCGCGAGACCUGGCAAUACAACAACCAAAUGUUCGGAACGGCCGCACACCUGGUGGCCGAAACCUCGAAGCAAGACUUCAUCGCAUUCAUGCAGAGCGAGAUAUUCGACAAGCUCGGCAUGUCCUCAACAACCUACCAGCCGCACCUCGACGGGCCAGACACGGAGGCGAAGCUGUCGUCGUCGUUCCAGACGCUCGAGAAUGGCACGAUCAUCGAGAUUCCGUACGGCUUCAAUUACAGCUACCAGGACCUGCAGUUCAAUGCCGGGCCGGGCGGUAUCGUCACUUCGGCGGCGGACUUGCUCAAGUGGGUGGAGUUCCUCAUACGCCAGCGUCGUGCCGGUCUCGUCAAGCAGAAUCCACUCGCACGCUACGCCGGCCUCCCCUCGCCCUCCACCAUCGUCCAGCUCUCCACACCACACAUGCUCAUGGACCGCUUCCCCGAAGAUCCCUAUCUCGGCCCGUCCGCCUACGGUCUCGGCUUGAUGAUGCGCUCGAACCAGGGCAUCGAGAUGAACUGGCAUGGAGGGGAUGUACCGGGAUUCGGGAGUCAGGUCGUUUGGUCUGCGCAGGCAGGUGUAGGGAUCGUUGCACUCGCAAGUGCGAGCGGAUCCGGCAACAGCGUCGCCGACAUCGCCUGCUUCCGAGCGUUCGACGAGCUCGUCGGCAACAAGCCUUACGACUGGCCUUCCUACUACCGCAAGAAGGACAAGAAGGCGCGGGAGAAGCGCAAAGAAGCGGGUCGCAAGGCCGCUGCGCAUGACAAGGCCGAGCAUCCGCCUUCUCUCCCAGUCGAGGCGUAUCUCGGCGUCUUUGCCGACGUAGGAUACGGUCAAGUCGAAGUCUGCUCGCCCAAGUCACCUCAAUCCGCCUCACCAGUCUGCCAGAAGCUCCUCGAGCGCAUCAGCCACGCGGAGUCCGCCUCGACCAUCGUCCCUCCCCUCCGUCCCGACCCCGUCCUCUACAUCUCCUGGCCCGGCUACUUCAACUUUUCUCACAUCAUCCUCCGCCACUACGACGGCGACGUCUGGAAAGGCGCUUUCGUCGAUAUACUCGAAGGGACGAAGCGGAAUCCGGGAUUGAAGAUGGUCUACGAGGAUGCGGACUCGGUCACGGUGCGUUUCAGGCUUGAGGAGGGCGAGGUGAGGAAGAUGGAGGUGAGCGGUGUGUGGGGUGCGGGCUCAGAAGUGCCGGAAGACGACGAGCGGGUUGAGGUUUCUUUCGCGAAGGUAUAG